AUGUGGCUUCUCACCCACUUCGGGGAGCCGGAGCCGUGGACGAAGGAGGAGGUGCAGGUGUUCCUAGCUAAAGUGCGCAUAGAGCUGAAGGACCUAUACAUUCAUGCGUAUAAUCCUGCGCACCGCGUGUGGGCAAGAAAGCCUACCUUGGAUGAAUUGGAAGCGAAGGAGGCAACUUUCAAAGCUGAGCCAUCACCGUAAAGCUCUUUUGAAUCUUCAUUGUAACCCAAAUCUUAGGGUGCUGUUCACUAU